UCCCAAUCCGAUCUGCGCCGACUACCAUGGAGGGAUCGCUUCCUGCCUCUUCCUUUCACCCCGCCGCCGCCGCCGCCGCCGCCACCGCCACCCCCUCUAGCUAUCCCGCCUGGGUUCUCCUCGACAGAAAGGCCUACUUCGCCGAUCUCCAUAACGCCACCACCGCUGAAGCCAAAUCAAGCACCGGUCGCAUCAUAAAGGUCACCUUCUACCUAGCGGAUCCGCCGGCCGUCUCCCACUUUUGCGUCCAUGGCCCUGAUGUCGACCCUGGGCACUUUGCUGUUGAGCCCCGGGUUCUAUUCUCGGAGAAGGACCUCGUCCUCCUAUGCUUCGCCUUCACGAGCGGCUCCCGAAGUUCUGUCCAGGACUGUAAUCUCGUCGAGUACUUCAUCUACAAGGCCGGCCGAUGCAAUCCGUCCCUCAGAUCGAUCCCGGCUACUCCUCCAGGUACCAGGAAUACACUGUAUGUUGGCGUCGUGCCGUGUGACGAGGGACAAUUCUUCCUCGCCGAUCUCGCUGCCACAGCUACCCUUGGAUACUAUGACAUCUGUAUCUUUUCAUCCAAGACGGGCAAGUGGGUUACCAGGACAUUGCAGUUGGAGGCAUCUACUACUGAACUCAGGGUAGAGGACAUGUUCAUUGUACCUCACAAGGUGAUCACUCUUGGUGCUGGCGUGAUAGGAUGGGUCGACCUCUGGCGUGGUAUUAUCGCUUGCAACAUUCUUGAGGAGGACCCCUUCAUCUUUUUCAUUCCACUUCCCAAGCCUGAAUUCAACUUGCCUCGGGAGGGUGACCCAAAGCCGGUUCGGGACAUUGCCUGCUACAAUGGUGUUAUCAAGUUUGUGGAGAUGGAUCAUCUUUACAGACGUGAGGUUGUUAGUAUUAGUAACCGUAAUAAGAGGUUUAAGAUGACGAAGGAUUUGGAUAGUGUAGACAAGAUAUACGACCUGGAUAUCCUCCUUCGCCCGCAUGAGGACUUCCUAGAAGCGCCCAAAGAGCAAAUCAUUUACAUCCCUGAUGGUUGGAAGAUUCGGACAUGUUAUAGGCAUACUUCUUGGGACCAUUGGCGCAAGGGGCACAUUAUUCAUGUUGAUGACAUCUUGGCCAACAACCCAAAUCAUUCUGUCUUGUUGCCAAAGUUUUGGGAUGGUUGUGGAAAAUCACCAUUAAGGAACCUGACCACAGCCCACCCGACCCUCAGCCCAAAUGGUGGUGAUCUUCUCUACCUAAUGUCUUAUGAUCAGACUGCCUGGAUGGUUGGUGUUGACCUUGGAAAGAAGGCAGUUGUAAUGCUUGAACCAUAUCAUGAGAGAGACGGUUAUUUCAAACCGGACUUUCUACCAUUUGCAUUCUCUGAAUUUCUGAAUGCAACUUCAAGGUCGUGUGCAGGGGAAGCUGCCUUUGAACCAAAUGAGGCUCAGAACAAUCACCUUUUAUCAGGCUCUAGCGGAUAUGCUGAAUGCAAAAGCUCCAGGCUUCCUAUGCAGCAACAGCCAGAGUCAACCCCAGUUGCUGUCCAAUCAGCCACAACCCCUGCAUCUGAAUUUGACCUCGUCUGUAUCAGUGAACUCCCAGUUGACGUACCCAGUGCUGAAUGCUGAUGACCACGGCCAGCUGUGCUUCGCAAAGUCAGUGGCUCGCCAUUGGAUGAUGGAGCUGGCAGACUCGUCCUUGACCCCACCGACGCCUCAGAUAGCAUUGCAGGAAGUCCAGCCCUGCAAUGAGCCUGCUAAUGUAACGUUGAUGCCUCUUGGGAAGCCAGCGCACCCAGCUGUCCAGGCCUACUGUGGGUCUUGCAGUACCUCGACGAUGCCUGGGAUGCCAGCACCCCUAGCCCUCCAGCCUAACUGUUGGACCUCUAGUGUCAUCUCACCUCCACAAAUGCCAGGGCCGUCCAGCAAGCAACUGGAUGUGAAUGCCUCAUUGCCGUUGGUGCACAUCAACUCCAUUUUGGGCUCCCCCAAGUCGCUGAUAAGGUCAACGUCGAUUUAGGAGUGUGUGUGAGUGUGUGAGCAUGCCGAAGAAUGGGCUGGACAAAUCAUUUGUUCUUCUUUCGUUUGACUGUUGGUGUUUAGCUGGGAUCUUCCGUGAAUUACUUCAAGUUAACUUGUUUAUUUUGCCGUUUGA